GCCAUUCUUUGCUUUCUAAGCUUCUUCAACUUAUGUCACUCUCUCUAAUCGAGUCCAAAUUAAGUCCUUCCUGCAACAUUUGUUCAGCGGCUGCAGUUCAAUACUAAAGAGAAUUAAAAUUAGAUCGCGGAAUUCAUUAAUCCUGAUUCUUAUUAAUUUUUUUCAAAAGAAAAUUUUAUCUUUGACUUGGAACCAGAUUAAACUAAAUCAAUCGCUUUCCAUUAAUUAUAAGUUUAAUUUAAGUCUAAAUUCUGUUAAAUUGAUUGAGAUGAAAUUUAAUUUCAGAUUAAAGAGGUGCGCUCUCAGACCAUAUCCUUGUGGCCUAACGGCUAAUCGCCAAAACUGGGUUAAGAUGAGGAGCCGAAAGCAGGGCUAAGCAAGGCCCAAAGCCUUCUCCUAUCAAUUCUUAAGCAGGAAACAGCCAAGUAUCUCUCCAAUUAGCCAACGUACCAAGGAAUAACAAUGACAGGUUCCAAAAAGCUCAAAGUGAAGAUUAUCAAAGAAACUUUUAAAGCUCAGGAUAAAAAAUCCUCGUUGAGAAAAGGGUAGAACACUCAAUUCCUUUCUUCAUUAUUCAUUCUGCACCUUUAGCUCUUAAGCUCAAAUGGGAUUUGCCUUGGAAUCCAGUUCCUUUCCUUUGUUAAACCUUUAUGUAAUUCCUUCCCUUUUCUUACCAUAAAGGAGAACGUUUUAUGCACUAUCCAAAUUCUAAAUUUUGUCUGUAUAAGUAUUGUUAGAGAAACAGAUACCCAAUAGAACUUUUGAAACAUGGGUAAUAGCCACAUGUUAUGCUUAUUCUUGCUGUGCUUGAUUGGUGGUGAAGACGUGGUUAAGGGGGUAAAAGGGCUGGGAUGCAACUGGGGCACGCAGUCAACUCAUCCUCUACAACCUAACAUAGUGGUGCAGCUUUUGAAGGACAAUGGUUUUAACAAGGUCAAGCUUUUUGAAGCUGAUCCUGGCGCACUAAGGGCUCUAGGCCGUUCUGGUAUCCAAGUUAUGGUUGGGAUACCAAAUGAUCUUCUUGCACCACUUGCAAGCGACUUCCAGGCUGCUGUAAACUGGGUUCAGCAAAAUGUCUCCGACUAUGUAUCUAGACAUGCGGUGGACAUAAGGUAUGUAGCCGUGGGGAAUGAGCCUUUCCUCAAGACGUAUAAAGACACUUUUCUUCAUACAACAUUUCCAGCGCUGAAAAACAUUCAAGCUGCCUUGGUCAGAGCUGGCUUAGCCAAGAAAGUGAAGGUUACAGUGCCACUAAAUGCAGAUGUCUACCAGACUGAUAAUGGUCUACCUUCUGGUGGCAAUUUUCGAUCCGAUAUCCAUGAUCUCAUGAUCUCUAUAAUCAAGUUUCUAAGUGACAAUGACUCUCCUCUCACCAUCAACAUCUACCCAUUUCUUAGUCUCAAUGCUGACCCCAAUUUCCCCAAAGAGUUCGCCUUCUUCAAUGGCAGUGCUGCCCCAGUUGUUGAUGGCUCUAUAUCUUACACCAAUGUCUUUGAGGCAAACUUUGACACUCUCAUUUCAGCUCUUGAAAAGAAUGGUUUCUCAUCAAUGCCUGUCAUCAUUGGUGAAAUUGGCUGGCCAACAGACGGCGAUCCUAGUGCCAAUGCAGAGUAUGCCCAGUGGUUCAACCAAGGCCUUCUCAAUAGAAUAUUUCAAGGGCAAGGUACCCCAAAACGCAAGACCCCACCUGAUAUCUACUUGUUUUCACUCAUUGAUGAAGAUGACAAGAGCACUCUGCCUGGGAAUUUCGAGAGACACUGGGGAAUUUUCUACUUUGAUGGUACUAUCAAGUACCAGUUGAAUAUUGGAAAUGGUAAAUCUCUAGUUCCAGCAAAAGGUGUAAGGUAUUUGGGGAGGCAGUGGUGUGUACUGUCACCUACCGCCAGCAUCACAGACCCCAGUCUGGCUAGCAGCAUCAGCUACGCCUGCACCUACGCGGAUUGCACAAGCCUUGGUUAUGGAUCUUCAUGCAGCAGGCUGGAUCCUAGACAAAAUGCUUCUUAUGCUUUUAACAUGUACUACCAGACUAUGGAUCAGAGGAUAGGUUCUUGCUCAUUUAAUAACUUAUCAGUUAUUACAAAUCUGAAUCCAUCUCAAGGUACUUGCAGAUUCGAGAUCAUGAUUGAUCUGGGUAAGCACGAAAUUGCACCUCGUCGCUCAUUGGCUGGAAAAAUUCAAACCUCAACAAUGGGAGUCAUACUAGCCCUGAUAUUGAUCAUUUAUGGCUUUUUCUGAAUUACAUUAACAGAAACUUUACCAAUAUUCAUCCCUAUCAGGAUUUUUUAGAGUUUUGUUAUUCUGAAACUUUUAGUUCCAUGUAGGCACAGUUUCUUCACAAGCACCACUAAUUCUAAGAUUAUUUGUGCCAUCAAUGUAAAUAAAGAAAUCACACAUCAAUAUUCUUUUUCUUUA